UAAUGGGCCGGGCCUCUACUACUGCUUUCAAUCUACACAAAACUCACGCUUUAUAUUCAUCUUGCAUCUAACAAAUUCAGUCUUUUAGCUUUUGUUCACAGUCGCAGCCCCUCCCAAACUCAUUUUCUAGGGUUUGCGAUCUGUCUCACUCUUCAACCUCACCAUGGUUCUCCAAAACGACAUUGAUCUGUUGAAUCCACCUGCUGAACUCGAGAAGAGGAAGCACAAACUCAAGCGACUCGUUCAAUCUCCUAAUUCGUUCUUCAUGGAUGUCAAAUGCCAAGGAUGCUUCAACAUAACUACUGUGUUCAGUCACUCUCAAACCGUUGUGGUUUGUGGGAACUGCCAAACAGUUUUGUGCCAGCCAACAGGUGGCAAAGCCAGACUCACAGAGGGGUGCUCCUUCAGGAAGAAGGGAGAUUAGUUAUGGAGAUUAUAAAAGCUCCUUAGUCUUUUUGAGAGGUUGUUUCCUACUAUUUAAGAAGAAAUUUUGGUGUUAUUGAAUUUUAUGAUGUCUUUAUUUAUUAAUAACUAGUCUGCGUUUAGAUUGCUGAAAUGAAUCUGUUGUCUUGUGUCAAUGUGAUUGUUCUCUAUGUUGAGAAGAUUUUUGAGUUAAUUUUGUUGGUUUGACAUGGUCGAUAUUAUUCUUAUGUUCUAAAUUAUGUCUUAACAAUUUGUUUGA